CACGUUUUUAUAUUUAGAAUCGAUCGCGAACGAAUAAAGUUUAAAGUUGAACCGUGUAACAGCUCGCAGUCCGUUUCUUUUCAACAGUUAGUUUUGUUGUGCGAAAUUAUAAAUUCUUUUCUCGUCCGUGUUGCAACUCAUUUCUAAAUUCGAAUGUUCGUCGUGUUUUGUGCAAAAUAGUACACGACGAAUACGCGUAUGUCUAUAUACAUAUAUAUAAACAAUACGCGUAAUGGCCGUGCUUCCUCUUCUUGUUCCUUACUCUCGAAGAACGAGUUUUCGUGAUAAAUCGCCUGUAUGAAUUAACAUGAAACGAAACGUCAUUGAAAGUUAAUUUAUUCGAGCGCUCCGCGGCACAUGGCGUAAUGUGACGCGAUAACCGGCUGUAGAAUCACGGAAAGAAAAUAAUUCCGUCGCCGCUCUUCCGAUUGCCGUCCCUGAGUAAUCAAUAUGGCCUCCAACAUCGUCACUCGCUUACUUUGUGCUCGCUCGCGGGGUACGCUCGUGAGUACGUUAACGUAAGUGCGGCCAUCUUUCUCCUCCUCUCUCUCUCACUCUUACUCUCUCUCGCUCGUGAAGUUCAGCGUGGUUGGCUCGGCUUGCUGCUGUGCCUGGGUGGCUUGGCUGUUCUGCAGCACACCGGACGAAACACCAAAAUCCGAUUGUAGUUUAGUUCAGUUGAGUACCUCGGCACAGUUGAGCAACUUGGUCAUUCAAGAGUCUUCAUCUUGACGCGCGUGAAUCAGUCAAAAGAAUUGACGAGAUCAACGGGCUACGUCCGAUGUAUUUUCCUUUCCGUACUGUUAGAAGUAAGAAAAGGUGGAGGGAAGAGAACAAGGAACGGUGUCCCACCUCUUCGAAAAAUUGAGCGCUACAUCGGGGAGAACGACGCGUCCCAUGCUAGACGAAGUGUGUAAAAACGGAGGUUCGAGAUAACAGAAAGAAUAAGCCAAAAAAGAGAGGCGUUUCUAUGAGAAAUAGGAGGGAACAGAAGUGAGAAUCAUGUUCCAGUAGGUAAGCGUAGCUCUUGGAGUGACAAUGAGGUCUUUCCUCAAAGGUAUGCGUCGCUUGUUGCAACGAGCUCAUCAUUCGUAGCAGACAGCUAACUUAACACGGAGGCAUGGCCGACGUCACUUCCUCCGAGGGCGACAACAGACUUGUUGCGACGGCCGAGAACUGUCGCGCGACAGCGGUAAAGGGGACCGGCGAUGAUGGCGAAGAGGACAAAACGGCCACCGAGAACAGUAUUUACGAGAUCCUCGAGAGUAUGACGAACGAGUUCAAUAAAAGUGUGUGUUCGGUGAAUAACGAGAAAGUGGAAACGGAAAAGGCGGCAACACCAUCGUUGCCUUCGAAAGUUGUUUAUGAGAAAUCCAAGGAAGAAAAAAAGAGCGAUGUUGUCAACGACGAGGCCGCUUCGACUCAAGAAGUCUCUGUACCAGAGGAAAAUCACAAAAGUGGGGAGGACAGUUCGUCAGACAAAACAGAACCUGUCAAAAAGGACGGUGGUUUGACCAGGAUUGUUCUGACGUUCAGGACCAUUGACGAGAACACGGAUCAUGGCAAGAAAACCAAAAUAUCCAGUUGUUCUAAUCUCACUCUGGUGCCAGAUGAGUUGGUCAAUUGUGAUCAGUUUGGUGGUGUCUCUGUUAAGAUAGAGAAUUCUGAUGAGAACUUAGAAGAUUCAAAUGUGAGGAAAGAAUCUGAAGAUACAGAAGAAUCCCAAUCAGAUAAAAAAAAGGAAGUGGAAUCUGCAGAAAAAGAAGAAUCUGUAAAAGCAAAAGAAUCCAUAGAAGAAAAAGAAUCUACAAAUGAGCAGGAAUCUACAAAAGAAACAGAAUCAAAAGCUAUAGAAACAGAUCAAGCGGAAGAUACGGUUGAAAAGCCAAAUAAUGAUGCACAGUCUCACACUCAAGAUAAACCAGAAACUGUAGAAAAUAAUGUUGAGAGCAACAAUGUUGAGGCAGUGCUUGCAGAACCUAUCAAGCAACAAGAACCUAUUCCUAUUCUGCCUACUCCACCGCUUACCAGGAAGAGAAGGGCUGGACGACCUAGAUUGCGAGCACUUAGUGAAUCAAUUCCUCAAGAUGAAGAGCAACCUGGUCCCAAGCGUUCAGCUAGAAGGCUCAGCAAGGAAUCCUUAAAAAGUACUGUGUUGGAAAGCGCCAUAGCCCGUAAAGAGAAAUCGAAUUACACAGAAGAACACAGUAAGAAGAGAAAGUACAACAAACCGGGCCGGCCUAAAAAAGUGGUACAAGGCAAGGAUCAAACUAAACAGGGCAAGGAUCAGACUCAAGUAAAACUCGCCGAUGUUCGUCAGGAUUUGGAAACGUCCAUGUUAUCCGAUAAUAAUAUUAACACAUCCGAAAAUUCCAUGUUGGAGUUAUCGCACAACACCACACUGUCCGAUAAUAUAAACGACAGCAUCGUAGAAGAUUCGCAAUCGGACUUUGAUGGUAUGCCAAAGUUAUCACCAAUGACGAGAAACUCGGACUCGCAAAACAAAUUAAACAACUCUAUCGGCAGUCCCGAAAGCGAUGACAUACCGUUGGCAGAUAUUGAAAAGCCCUUCCUGAAACCGGCUACUAGUGGCCGGCCCAAGAGGGAAAGAGGACGUCCGCGCGGAAGUAAUCAGGGCGCGCGAAAAAUUGCCAAGUCAGAUGCGUACGAAGACGAUUCUGUAUCCGUUGCAGAAGCAGGGAAGAAUAACGAUUAUCCCGAAGAUUUGCCAGCCAAGCGAACUCGUCGUAGUACGGCGUCAAGUCCGAGUCUUGCCGAAGGACAGGCCUCAAGACCGGAAUCUACGGCUAUUAUGAGUGAAACGUAUGUACAAUCGAUGCUGUGUUUGUGCCAAAUGAGAUCUCAGUUGUACGUCACUAUAACGGGUCCCGGCGCGCCGCUUUACUGCACCGCACUCGAUUCAAUCGACAAUCGUGUAGUCGGCUGCUGCAACGAAGUGGACAGUAAAGAUGUGACCAUGCGACGGCCGAGUACUCGCGUGCCUUUCAUUAUUUUGUGUCGUAUGCAUACAGAACGAAUGCUGCGACACAAUUGCUGUCCUUCCUGUGGUUUGUUCUGUUCGCAAGGAAGAUUUGUGCAGUGUUCUAACGGACAUCAAUAUCAUCGCGGCUGCGAAGUGUAUUCGCACAAGAGAGGUGUGUGUCCUCAUUGCGGCAGCGAAGGUGGCAAUGGCACUUCGUACGAAGUGUUGAUAACAAUGAACGGCAUGCGGAAACCCGUUUUUAUACCGACACGCAAGAAAUUUUCCAAAUUGCCCUCGGCAAAGAUGAGUCUGCCUGGCAAGGGUGACAAUACAAAGCUGGCGGGACGUCCACCCAGCCCGCUGGUCAAACCUGAUAUCAUUAAAAUACCCGAACCGUCGAUCAACACCGAAAGACCAGAACGGUAUACUAUCAUGAGUCUGUACACAUCUGUGAAGAACGGGGAUCUGGAGAAAUUGGUUAAUGUAUUAGCAUGUGGUUAUAAUGCGAAUCACACAUUCCGGGAUUACGCUCAACGUACUGGUCUGCACAUAGCGGCAGAUAAGGGCCAUCUGUCAUGUGUGCACGUACUGGUACAAGCCGGUGCUCAAGUAGACGUAAUGGAUAGGAACCAAUUAACGCCAUUGAUGCUAGCUGCGACCAAGGGUAAUGCUGACGUGGUGAAAUAUCUAAUUAGAGUAGGCGCCGACGUUACAUUGAAGGGUGAGGACGGCAUGACCGCUUUGCACAUGGCGGCGAAAUCCGGUCAUCUGAAAGUCUGCCAGAUCAUUCUGACCGAGUGUAAAGUACCGAGAACAUUAGUAGAUUCUGUGGACGAUGGCGGCUGGACGAGUUUAAUUUGGGCAUGUGAGUUUUGUCAUACGGAUGUGGCGCGAUACUUGCUGGAUAAGAAAUGCGAUCCGCUUAUCCGAGAUGCCGAGCAAAACAUAGCGUUGCACUGGAGCGCUUUCAGCGGCAGUGCUGAAAUCACAGAAAUGCUUCUUAACGAGGGAUGCGAUGUGAAUGCUGUUAAUGUUCACGGCGAUACACCUUUACACAUAGCAGCUAGGCAGGAUCAGUAUACGGUCUGUGUUCUCUUGCUCGCGCGUGGUGCUAAAAUAGGGGAGUUGAAUGUCGCCGGUGAGACCGCGGUAAAUUGUUGCCCCGCUGACGGAGACACCAUGACUGCCCUAAGAUUAAAUGCGAAAGUUAACGAACUUUCGGAACACAUGUGGGAGAAGACGGUUAAAAUUUUAACGAACGAUAUUUCACGGGGGAAAGAAACAAAUCCCAUACAGUGCGUCAAUGGAUACGAUUCUGAAGACAAGCCAACCGAUUUUGUUUACGUCACAGAGAACUGCUUCACUAGUAAUAUUAACGUAGAUCGUACAAUAACAUCGUUGCAAUCCUGUCGCUGCGAAGACAAUUGCAGUUCGGAAAAAUGUUUAUGCGGAAAUAUAAGUUUGCGAUGUUGGUACGACGAAGAAGGAAAACUCGUACCCGAGUUUAAUUAUGCAGAUCCGCCGAUGUUGUUUGAAUGUAAUCCAGCUUGCGACUGCAAUCGUAUUACAUGCAAUAAUCGAGUUAUUCAACACGGACUGACACAAAGGUUCCAACUGUUUCGUACGAAGGGAAAAGGUUGGGGUCUUCGAACUCUGAGAUUUAUUCCUAAAGGCACUUACGUUUGCGAAUACGUAGGCGAGAUAAUAUCGGAUUCUGAGGCUGAUCAUCGCGAAGAUGAUUCUUACUUGUUCGAUCUGGACAACAGAGAAAUUUACUCUAUGUACGCACAGGACGGAGAAACGUAUUGCAUAGACGCUAGACGUUACGGAAAUAUCGCUCGGUUCAUCAAUCAUUCUUGCGCACCGAACUUGCUGCCGGUGCGUGUGUUCGUCGAGCAUCAGGAUCUGCACUUUCCUAGGAUAGCGUUUUUCGCCAAUCGCGAUAUCGAUGCGGACGAAGAGCUCGGUUUCGAUUACGGCGAGAAAUUCUGGAUAAUAAAGUGCAAGUCUUUCACAUGUACCUGUGGAGCCGAAAACUGCCGUUACUCCGAGAAGACUAUACAAGUUACGCUGGACAACUACCGAAGAAAGAUACAACAGGAGGAAAUGCAGGCAGCUCAAAUCUCAUCGUAACCUUACUACAAUUUAGCUUAAUUCUCUAGAUAUUUGAGGAUUUUUGUUGUUUUGCGGAUAUGAUAAUGGCAACGCAAAAGCGAUUUUGCGUUGAAUCAUUUUGUUGGUUACGCUAGUUUUUCUUUGCGUUGGUUUUUACUGCAAGAUCGAUUUCUACGAUUUGCUCGGAAUCGUACAAGAGUACAAAUUAUAAAACGGUGGUGGGAUGAUGAUGAUAAUUAAAAAAAGAAAAAAUAAACAAAGCAGCACAUGUUAGAUUCUACUCUCUUUUGCGAGAUAGUCGCUAAAAUACAUCACUCAGUCUUCUUCCGAGGAGAAAACAAUCGCGUCCAGAGUUCGUGUUGUUGUUUCUGACGUGUAUCAAACGCGCAUUCAUAUCGAUAUAAAAUUAACAACCAGUCUACCAAACAAUUGUUGUUGUCGUAUUUGUUUUUUUUUUUAGUAUUAAUUUUAUCAGCAUGUUGAUUAAACGAAAAAAAACUAAUGAUCGUUAACUUGAUAAUAAUACGUUAUUACGAAAAACUAUAAUAGAAACAAUAAACAAUAGCUGAAUUGUGACAAUUUGUGAUUCUUACAAGAACGAAGAAUCGAUUGUUUCAAAGUGUGUCGCGUUUUCUUUGGUAGGCCGGUGUUUAAAAAUUUAUAUUUUAAUAGUGAAUUCCUGUUGUGUACAUAUAAAUCUUUGAGAAAAGCUUACAAAUGUAUGUAACUUGUCUUGUCGUGAGAUAUUCUUAUCACGUUUUUCGAGUUGAAAUUUAAGGGAAUUUUCAACGCAUCGUCCAUAUCUUUUUCCCUUAAGCAUACUCGGAGAUCUGUUUCCUAUUUUUGCCGAUCUUCUUUGCCGCGUGAGAAUAGCAAGAAACUUUACGAGAAAGUGCCACACUUCUUUUUAUAACGAGAUAACGAUAGACAUAAUAUGGUAGCGUGAGGCAUUAAAAUUGUAUAGUACGAAGAUAUUAAAUUGCGUGUUGAAACUAUUACGGCUCGAAUGCGCAAAGUAUAUGUGUGAUUGCGGGAAAAAGAAAAACUAUCAUCGCUUUUAAGUGAAUCGGAAAUAAUAAUUCGUGUAGCAUUCGCGUUUUUAAUUAAAGAAAGAAUGUUGUAUUCGACGCUUUUGCGAUAUAUUUCAAAAUUUUUUGCGCGUUGCUUCGGGACUGGAGACCCGCUCGAUACAGACUGUAUUUAACUCCCGAUAGAGCGAACUGAAAUGUUCACUAAAAAGAUUAAAAAAAAAUCAAAAAAAAAAAAAAAAUUGCGUCUCCAAUCCGGAAGCACGCACAAAGAGAACGCGUUAUUUUAUUCCGUUUACUCGUAUGUUGUCUCACAAAGAGCAUAGAUUCACUGCAAGCGAUGUGGUAUAUACAUAAAACAUUACACCUUUUUGUACAAAUGA